UUUCACGCGUAAUGACACGAGAUGGCUUCAUUUGGAAAGAAAAGCGGGCGGGAGUGUGUGCGUGUGCGGAGGUGAUCCACAGCUUUCUGCACGGCAGAGGGGUACAUGGCCAAAAAGAUAAAACCUCAAAUUAGAAUGGUCCCGCUUUUGUUAAAACGACAGGACUGGCACAGCCAAUCUUAUAAGGGCCCAGGGUCGGAGAAUGCUGAGAAAAUCGGCCCCAGCCUGCCCCAAACCCGACCGGAGAGGAUUGGGUCUGCCCAGGGGCCGCAUCUCCCUGAGAGCCCACACCACGAGAAGCCACGGCACCCAGGGCAGAAGCCGGAGGAAAGACUGCUGGAGAUGGGCCAGGAAGCCAGCCAGUGGCCCCGAGGGAGCCCCAGCGCAGGGCCGCAGAGGAGAUAUCAAUAAAGCGGGCUAUUUGGAAGCUCCUGCGAGAGUGUCUGCAGGAGGGAAAGUGGCAGGAGACUGACCCUGCAGGCUCCCUGUCUAUGCUGGUGUCCAAUACAGCGUGUUUGGAAAUCCUUCUGAGCAGGAGAGGCAAAAACUCCCGACUCACCUCCUUCCCCACUGGGUGGAAGGGGAGAUAACUCUGGACCCCUUCCCACACCUCUGCUCUGCUGACACCUUAGGGAAGUUCCCUUAACCCUUUCUCCUGUUCGGCUCCCCCAUCUGGGCAAUUUUAAAGGUCUGUUAUUCAGUGGAGGAAAGGAGAAAUGGCUAUGCACCCCCCUUUCCUCUGACCAGGGCCAGAGAGAGGCCCAAGAAAUUUAAAGGAGCUUUGACUAUCUGUAUUAAACUCGUUCAGAGGCUCAACUUUCCAGGGGCUGUUGUAUCCCUUUAACCUCAUGCGGGUUCUAAUUUCAGGACAGCUAAAUUUUAGGACAGGAUCUUUGGACACGCAGGCCCUUUUAUUCCCUUCUCUCCUCCCUCAACCACUGAAGGGUCAGGAGAAACUCCCAGGCCUACAAACCUCCCAAACUAGUUACAGAGUCCCCUCCAAAGCAGACAACAUCCUAUAAAAUCCCAACUUCUCCCCCAUCUCUUUUACUUCAUCUCCAGUGGCUUGCUGCUGCGCUGUUGUUUAAUAAAUAUCUGGUGUCAGGGGACAGAGAAGAGAAAAGGAGAGCCGGCGGGGUGGAGUGGAGGUGUGUUUGUGGGGGGACGGUACCACCUCCUCUUGCUUUAAUUAUGCCCUGGGCCUCUCCGGCUGCGCCCCAGGCUGGGGCUCGCUCCCUCCCUCUGUGCUGCGCUCCCCCUCUCCCUCCGGGACCCUUCUGGGGAGAGGGCUCCACAGCCAGCGUCCCUCCCGAGGCAGCCCGCUGCUUUCCCUCCGCCUCUCCUCCGCCCCCGCCGCCCCAUGGCGAGAACGGCCCCCCUUCCUGCAAAAGCGGGGGGGCGGCCGGCAGCUCGGGCUGAGGGUUACGUGGCCGCUGGAGCCCUGACGUGAUAGCACAUUGCAUCAGCAUAAAACAAUCCAUCCUCGAUAUGGAAUGCGGUGCGGACGGAUGACAGCGAGAGCGCAGCCCCCUCGCCGGAUUGAUUUAUGUCGGAGCUGACGCUUUAUCAGGCAGUCGGAAAAACUUUGACCAAUCAUUUUGCAAGGAGCGCUGAGCCAGGCUGCUCCACUGUACUUUGUUGGCUGAGAAGUUGAGCAGGGGUGGGGGUGGGAGGGUGGGGGGCUGGGGGGGUCGCGUCCGAAAGCCCUCACACCGGUCCGGGUGCCACCUCUCCCUGCUUGGGCGCUGCGCGCGAGCGCUUCCCUUCCCCCUGCGAGCGCCCGGAUAAUGUCUGAGAAUGUCCAUUUCUGGGACGCUUAGCAGCUAUUAUGUCGACUCGAUCAUAAGUCACGAGAGUGAGGACGCGCCUCCAGCCAAGUUUCCUUCCGGCCAGUACGCGAGCCCCCGGCAGCCAGGCCACGCGGAGCACCUGGAGUUCCCCUCGUGCAGCUUCCAGCCCAAAGCGCCGGUGUUCGGCGCCUCCUGGGCGCCGCUGAGCCCGCACGCGUCCGGAAGCCUGCCGUCCGUCUACCACCCCUACAUCCAGCCCCAGGGCGUCCCGCCGGCCGAGAGCAGGUACCUCCGCACCUGGCUGGAGCCGGCGCCGCGCGGCGAAGCUGCUCCUGUGCAGGGCCAGGCGGCGGUGAAGGCGGAGCCGCUGCUGGGCGCGCCUGGGGAGCUGCUCAAGCAGGGCACGCCCGAGUACAGUUUGGAAACUUCGGCGGGCAGGGAGGCCGUCCUGUCUAAUCAAAGACCCGGCUACGGGGACAAUAAAAUUUGCGAAGGAAGCGAGGACAAAGAGAGGCCGGAUCAAACCAACGUCUCCGCCAACUGGCUGCACGCUCGCUCUUCCCGGAAGAAGCGCUGUCCCUACACCAAAUACCAGACGCUGGAGCUAGAGAAGGAGUUUCUGUUCAAUAUGUACCUCACCAGAGACCGUAGGCACGAAGUGGCCAGACUCCUCAAUCUGAGUGAGAGACAAGUCAAAAUCUGGUUUCAGAACCGGCGGAUGAAAAUGAAGAAAAUGAAUAAGGAACAGGGCAAAGAGUAAAGAUUCCCCCCAGCCCUCCCCACCCCUUCCCCAUCUCAUGCUUAUUUAUAAGGGAUGGCUGUGGAGCCUGUGCUGUCUGGGAUGUAUUCAAGUGAAUGGGGAAGGGGGUCUUUUUCUUCAAAGUCCUUUUCUGCACCUAGAGCCCUCUCCUUUCCUUUGCCCUCACCUGUCCUUCUCUUCUCCCUGGGCCUCAGGAGGGAGUUUUAUUGAUUUAGAAGGUAGAUAU